GGAAGAGCUUAAAAAUAGGUAGGAGAAACUCACUGUGUGGGCUCCAUAGAGGUUGUCAUUGUCACUGACUGUCUCCUUGUAACAGUGAAAGACUAGAAAGCUGAGCCUUUUCUGUUUAUAAUGUCCUACCUGUAGGUGCAGUGCCGUCAAGUGAAAAAGCUGUGCUGGUGGAUCCAAAGCCUAUUCUGAAGGUGCUGCUGUGACUACAGUUCAUCUUGUGGCCUGAAAAGGAAGUCAGAGGACGAGGAGGAAUUGGUGGCUCUUCAAGUGCAGUGCUGCUCAGAAAAGAGGCCUUGAUGGUGGACUAAAAUCCUAGUCUGAAGCUCCUGCUAUGAAUCCUCUUCAUUUUCUGGCCUAAAAGAAAACUGAAAGAGGAAGGAAUGGCAGUUUCUCAGUGCUCAGUGACCCAUGAAGACGUAACUGUGAUAUUCACUCAAGAGGAGUGGGCACUAUUAAAUUCUUCAGAGAAGAAACUCUACAGAGAUGUGAUGUGGGAAACCAUUGUGAACUUUGUCUCAAUAGACAAAUUACAAGGGGACCAUUCUACAAAAGAGCAGCAUAACCACCAAGGAAGUAAACAAAGCAAUAUAGUCAAAAUCACUGACGCCAAAGAAAGAAGUCAAGAUGGUGAACAACCUGAAGAACGUGAAGUAGACAAUCAAGUAUUCACUUAUUAUAGUUAUCUUCAAAAGCAGAAAAUAAUCCCCAUUGUAGAGAAACCUUAUGAAUGUAAACAAUGUAAUAAAACAUUCAGGCGAUGCCCUGAUCUUCGGAAACAUGAAAGAACACACAAUGGAAAGAACCCCUUUGAAUGUAAACAGUGUAGUAAAACAUUCAGUCGAUCCCAUAGUCUUCAGAUCCAUGAAAGAAUUCACAAUGGAGAGAAGCCCUAUGAAUGUAAGCAAUGUACUAAAACAUUCCGUCAAUCAAGUCAUCUUCAGACACAUGAAAGAACUCACAAUGGAGAGAAACCCUAUGAAUGUAAACAAUGUACUAAAACAUUCAUAUUUUCCUCUUCUUUUUGGACCCAGGAAUUGACUCAUAGUGGAGAUAAAUCCUAUGAAUGCAAACAAUGUCAUAAAGCAUUUAGAUUUUACAGUUCUUUUAAGACUCAUGAAAGAAUUCACAGUGGUGAAAAACCCUAUGGAUGUAAACAAUGUUCUAAAACAUUCAAUCAAUUAGGUAAUCUUCGAAUACAUGAAAGAAUUCACACUGGAGAAAAACCCUAUGAAUGUAAACAAUGUACUAAAACAUUCAGUCAAUUAUCUAAUCUUCGAACACAUGAAAGAAUUCACACUGGAGAAAAACCCUAUGAAUGUAAACAAUGUAGUAAAAUAUUCAGUGAAUUCAGUCUUUUUAGGACACACAAAAGAACACACAGAGGAUUGAAACACUACGAAUGUAAACAAUGUACUAAAACAUUCCGUCGACUCAGUCGUCUUCGGAUACAUGAAAGAAUUCAUACUGGAGACAAACCCUAUGAAUGUAAACAAUGUCAUAAAGCAUUUAGAGAAUCCAGUUGUCUUAGGAAGCAUAAAAGAAUUCACAGUGGUGAAAAACCCUAUGAAUGUAAACAAUGUAGUAAAACAUUCUCUCAAUUAGGUAAUCUUCGAACACAUGAACGAAUUCACACUGGAGAAAAACCCUAUGAAUGUAAACAAUGUAGUAAAACAUUCAGUCAAUCAUGUUCUCUUCGGACACAUGAAAGAACUCACAGUGCAGAGAAACCUUAUAAAUGUACACAAUGUAAUAAAACAUAUAAAGAUUCUAAUUCUUUUAGGAUACAUGAAAGAUCUCACAGUGGAGAGAAACCUUAUGAAUGUACACAAUGUAGUAAAAGAUUCAGUUGUUCCCGUUAUCGUCGGAGACAUGAAAGAACUCACAGUAGAGAGAAAAAUUAUGAAUGUGAACAAAGUAGUAAAAUCCCAGAAUGUCCCUCUACUCUUCAGGUAUAUGAAAGAAGUCACAGUGGAGAGAAACCCUAUGAAUGUAAAGAAUACAGUCAAGCUUUCUAUUAUGUCACUACUAAUUGAGCAUAUGAAAAUAGGCACCAUAGUCAAAUCAGUAAUCUUGGAACAAACGAAAUCGCUGACAGUGGAGAGAAAUAAUGACAUUUUAAAUGAUUGGAGAUUACAGUUCGAUAUGAACAAGUGAACACACCUGUGACUAUUAUAUAAAUGUAAGGAAUUUAAGCAUUUUAAUUGUAAUAUGAGAAGCGUUUAUGGUACAUAAACUUUAAUAAAUUUGAAUACUGAUUAAAUAUUCUAAUAGACUGACAUUUUCACACAUCUGAAUUACUAACAUUAGAAAAAAUAUCAGUGUAGUAGACCUUAUAGAAAUACAUUAUUCAACUACUAAAUAAUUCAUACUGAAGUAAACUUAUUGAAUGUAAAUCUGUUAAAUAGUAAUAGGUACGUUGUGAACCUUUAUAUUUUUUGCAGAAGUUGUAUCUAUCUUGUGGAAAAGUACUUUUGUUCUAUAAUUUUGAUUCUCAGGUUAUAAGCAGUGAAGGAGGGCUUCAGAUGUCUCUGCCCUCUUUCCACUCAAUUUUUAUCUACCUAUCAAAGUAAAUAAAAGUUUUAAAAAUGA